GUGAGUCGAUGUGAUUCACUUAGAUCGAUCAUAAACCGGUUCACCUGCAGUUCAUUUGGUGUAAAGGUGGCCGUAAUAAUGCCCCGCUACGCCUACCAGAAGCCCCGGUCAAGGGUGUAUAGCUACAACUAUGGCUACAUGAACAACUACUACAAGCCUCUUACCCACUACUUCGACAAGGAAAUGAAGGCGGUCGAAGAGCAGCCUGGUCACCAGUCUCUGGCCGAGCGCCUCAAAACUUUCCCCAUGGACGGCACCAUCUUCAGAGAGCGGGCGACCAGCGCUCCUCCCUCACCCUCCAGAUACCCCGACGAAGUUACCUACGAAGUCCUAACUCCCAAGGCAGCCGAGUCUCCUGAGAAGACUGCCAGGUCCCCACCGAUGUUGGUGAAGACGGUCCAUCACCCACACUACCUGCGUGUUGAGGAUGAGGUGAAACCGGGAUACCAGCCCAUCUGGAUGAAACACCCGUACCGCCUACCCGUCGAGGACAUCAGGGUCCCUCCCCACGAGAGCUCCAUCUGGCCAGAGAGUGUCCCUCACUUCAAUCUCGUAUCCUCUUAUGAUCUCAUGGUCGACUUUCUGGGAAUACGAAAGCCCUGUUGUUGUUAAAUAUCUUCUUUAUUGGUGCCCAAGCCGCCAUGGCCUUAUAAACAACAUCCACGCGCUUUUUCAAUAUUACAAGUAUUACAAGUAUCAUAAUCUUCAACAUAGUUAAGAAGGAGAUUCUCCAGAAGUAGCAGCGUUCGUCAAGUCAAGCAGGAGCUGUGACGCAGUGCCUCAACAAGAACGACAACUCCACUCAUCUCUUUCAUGCACCUGUCCGUCCGUUUGUGUUUCCUUCUUGUCAUCGACGCCACAUGUCCUCUCCCUGUUCGCACAAUAAGACAGGACAUUUCAAGGACGUUUUAGCUUUUCUUGUGUAGUCUAUAAUGGAAAGUCAACCUUUCAAACUAUAUUUGUAUUUUGGCCAUUGUUUUAAUGAUAUUGUAAAAAAAAAAGUGUAAUACUAAUUUAUCUUCAGUGUUUUUUUCGUAUUAUAAGCUUCUUUACGAGUGGAUUUUAUUUGUUGUCAUUACUCAAGUCCAACAUACUGUCCAAGUGUGCCUGCAGGCUUAUCAUCCUCACUAACACACACACGCCAGCUUCAUCUAAAUAAAUUAUAUGUAACUCUUG